AUGAAGCGUCCGCCCGUGCCCGUCCAGCCGCCGCCCCAGCAGCCGCCCCUGUCCUCCCAGCAGCAGCAGCAGCAGCCGCCACCGCCCGGGAUCGCCCUGCACCCGUCCGGGAUGGGCGUGGACGAAGCGCUGUCCGCCAUCAUGGCCAGCCGGUCGGCCGUGGGCGCUUCAGCGGCGGGAGCGGCGGCACCGGGCAGUGCGGCCGCCGCCGCCGCCCGCAAUCUGGCGCUCGCGCGUCUCAACGCGUCCCCGCUUCCAUCGGCCGCCGGCGGUCUCAAUCCAUCCCCUUCCAGCGGCGGGUCGUCGGCGGCGGCCGUCGCAGUGGCGGCUGCUGCAGCAGCGGCGGCGGCCGCCGCCGCCAACGGUCCCGACGGUCCGGCCCUGUACGGGCAUCUCUACGGCAAGGAGAUGGGCCUGAUGCGCAAGCUCUCUGCGAUGGACGAUUUCGGCUCGGCCGGCGGGACAAAUUCGCCUUCGUCAGCCGCCAUGCGCACCUACCAGCAGCUGCUGCAGUCGGACGGCCAUCAUCCGUCAGGGUCUGCGGGUGGCUCCAACUACAAUCAAUCUCAACAGCAGCAGCAGCAGCAGCAGCAACAUCCCCACGCAAAGUUUAACGGCGGACAGUUCGGUUAUCCAAAUGCAGGCGGACUGCUGAAACCAUGCUACGACUACGGUUCGCCCCAGCAGCAUCAGCAGCAGCAGGCAGUGGCCGCCGCAGCAGCCGCUGCAGCCGCCGCACUAGCCGCCCAACAUCAGCACCAGAUGCAGCCGCCCAAUCAGCCGCCAGCUGCGGCAACCAACGGCUCAAACAACGGCGUCGGACCGCCGAUCAAGAAAGAGCUCGGCUAUGCGGGAGCGGCCGACCUGUACACUCCGCCCCUGACGCCCUCCUCGAUCGGAAGCGGUGGUUCCAACUCCGGCCAAGGUCCACCCAUCGCCGCCACCUCGACGGCCACCUCCACAUCCUCCUCGACGACCGCAGCGGCUCUCUCCUUCAUGAACAAUCUGUACGGUGAGGCGGGCCACGGAGAACCGUUCGCCAACGGUCCGCCUGCAUCGUCCACGGGCAGCCAGAGUUGUAUGCGUCCGGGCGGUGGCUUAAAGGCGGACCAGCAGGCCGCAAUGCUCGCGUCGAUGGGUGGUGGCCGGGCGCCGGGGGCCAGCUCAAUUAUGAAUAGUCUAGCGAAUAGCGCCAAACACGAACCAAAUACGCCGACCGAUGGGCUCGCCAACGAUCAUCUUCAUCAUCAGCACCAUCAGCAGCUCGGUGGCGGCCAUCAUCAUCACCAGUUGCACCAGCACCAUCAUUCGAUGCAUCUUGCGCAUCAUCCGGGCAAUGGUGGCGGCGGUGGCGGCGGCGGCAACAACAGCGCCACACCGACACCGCUGAACGGGGCCGGCGGCGACGACGACCAUGAUAAGCUGUCAUCGCCGCUGACCGGUACCACCUCGACGCUUACGUCCGACCUGCACGAUCCGGACAAUGAUAGCAACCCGGACGGGUACACGAUUCUGUAG